UUUUCGCACACGUAAGUGAUCUCAAAGCCAAGUGAUUUAUAAAUUGUAAAUAUACAAUUUACCAAAUAUUAAUUUAUUUGAAAUUCAUUUUUCAUCAACAUGAAUAUUACAUUUACGGCGUAUGGUUAGUUAGGAUUGUAAAUGGUGUCGAAUGUGACUGAUAUUGACCUAAAACCAGUCCAAGAUGACCAGUGUUCUAACAACGUGGACAAAUGUUUAAUUUUAAUUUCUGUGGACAAAAAGUAUAUUGUGGAUGUUAUAGUGUGCAUGACAUCCAAUGAAAUGUUUAGUAAAUUAAAAGGUGUUUUUGAAAAAUCUACAUAUGAAAAAAUUUGUAAUCUGCUGCACGAAUUCUAUAGUUAUAACUAUGGAAGAGGAACUGAUUUAGGCUCUCACAUAGUACAAGCAGUCUGCGCUCGACCUUCGUUGUACGUACAUCACCUGCACCGCACCGAUUGGUAUCACCGAAACGACCAGAGCUUUCCAGCGAACCAGGCGUUCAACAAAACUGUCCGUUACUGGACAAAUCUUCUACUCAAGGCCAUCAACACAUUCAGCCCAACCGUAAUAGGUAAGAGUUUACUUUAUUAUACUUUUUUUAACUCACCAACAGUUCUCUGGAACGGAGUACGCAAUGUCCCUUUGAACUACAACGUACCCUAACUAAUACAACAAACGUUUUUAACCUAGUCAAUUUAUUUUCCUCAUUUUAAACCUAUUUUCCUGAUUGUGCGAAGUCACAUAAAGUCCAGUUAGCUGGCCAUUUUCAGCAUGGCUACCUCCAAGAGCUCCGCACUCUUGGAGGGAUGUUCCCUUGCGGACGCCAUUGUCCUUGCGAGUGACCUUCAGGCCAAACUCGCCAAAGUAAACGAAUUCAUUCGUUUACACUCCAUCGCUGCAUCCCCUACGCCCAUGACCAAAGAUAUGGAGUCUUCAUCCGUAGCUCCACAUACCGACGCCAACCAAUCCGACCCAACACCAGCCAAUGCGACCAAGGUCAUUUCCGCCAGUGCCGCUACCCGUCUACCGCACAGGGACCGACGAGAGAACGACGGUUUCGUCAAAGCCGCCAAACGCGCUAACGAGCGCCGCCGACAACAGCCCAGCUCCAUCGACGAUUUUCGUCGUCUAUCCUUUUUCCUGGACGAAUCCAAAGUCCAAUUUUCGACGAACCAGCUACAGCAAGACUGUGACCUUCACGUAGUUAUCCGUGGUGUCUGCGAAGACAUCCCAACAGAGGACACGAGUCCGAACUAAGCCACAAAGGCUUUAUUAGCAAAGGCAUACAUCGUAUGUCUAAAGGUAAUAAAACCUGACCCCUUCUCUCCGUCCGUCUUGAUAAGACCGCCUCAAAUUCCAAGGCAAUCUUCGACCUUGGUAAACUCUGUGGCCUAAACAUCAAAGUUGAGCCAAAAAGAGCUACAAAGGAUGUUCCUCAAUGCCGCCGCUGUAUGAAAUUUUUCCAUACAGCCAACUACUGCCACGCAGCCUGGGUCUGCGCAUUCUGCGGCCGCAACCACAUCACUGCCGAGUGCAAAUCCAAGGACAAGAAGGAUGCUACUCCCACUUGGGCCAAUUGCAAAGGGAACCACCGCGCCACCUACCGCGGCUGCCCCAAGGUUCCCAAAAAGACCUCCCCUUCACCAGAAAGUUGUCACUCCCGUUGCUUCUCAAGGCACAAAAACUACCGCUCAUCCUUCGGCUACCACUUUGGUAGCACCCUCCCAAAAGUCCUACGCCAAGGCAGUGAGAACCGCCCCCCCUCCCCCCACCCAAAAACGCAACACAAGCACUUCACCAGCUGUAGUUGCAAUCCCAAGUUUGGAACAAAGACUUCAAGUCAUUGCUCAAACCAUAGUCGCCAGCAUUGUUGCCGCCUUACAACAAACCACCAAUGUCUAACACCGCCCAGUCAGACAACCUUCGUAUAGUUACCUGGAAUGCCCAAAGCAUUAGAGGUAAAUUGAC